AUGAUAUCAUCUGAUGACAGUGGUGGCUCUAGCAGACGCCUGGCACUAUCAUUCUCUUUUUCCAUCCGGUCAUCAAGAGCGAGGAGAAACAGGCUUACACAGCUUCCAGUCACACCGCCAGUAUGUGAGGAAAGUGCUCACUAUCCAGUCUUUAAUCCACAGGAUCCCCGCCAUAACCCUGCGCUUAGGACGAAUACCUGGCCAGAGGUUGACUAUAUUCCUCCUCAAACUACAGGAUCCACGAGCUCAAUUCGCUGGAUGCAAAGCCUCCCUAGAAGGUCUCUAAGGAGGGCGCGCUCUGGGCUUCUAGCUCUUAGAUCUGGGCUCUCUCGACGCCCUGUAUACCAUAAUUCAAGUCGCAACGAAGACACGCAGGACCCAUGGUCGUCAUCUGAUUCAGCGGGAGGCUUCUCUAGCGGGCAUGAUGAACUUUUCUCAUCGACUGUAUCUGAAGCUAGCACGGAAGAAGACUACGAAUUUGGGAUCGACCUCUUCCGAGCGGGCUGCCACUGUCCUUCUGGUUAUGAGGAUGAAGCCGAAAGGAGCCCCAAAUUUCCGUCCUCUAUUCCAUACCCUCAUCCCGGCCCUCUGCCUUCUCCAAACACAGGGGUUAACGAUCUUCAUGGCGGUAUUCUUGUGGAAAUGACAUCGAAUGCUUAUUUUAUGGGGCCUCCAACUAGCCCGGUUGUAAACCCCGAUCAGUUUAGGAUAGAGACUGAACCUGGGACUACUCUAGAUGGCCACUGUGGGGUCGAGCACCCCAAUCCCACUCCCCCAGAUCAUGGCUCUCAUACUGCUCGCAUAGAAGUCAUACCCGAGGAAGUGCGAUUGUCGGAUGAAAGCUCUUCAAGCAUUGUGCCGGACUCAUCCACUCUUGACGGGGACCUCCAUGCAUCGUCCCUAGAUCAUUCACCCCAGUCAAACGACGUCCCUGUACCGUCCGAUGAGGCUCAAAUAUCUCUUCAAGUGGAAGAAGGCCAGCCUAUUAGUCCAUCUGGACUCGAAGACAACAUGAGCAUGAUUAUUGAGCAAGCAACACACUUUUCCCUGACUCCCGACGAAUCACCCACAAUUCCCCAUCAUGCACCCCCAGAAUCCGAGCUCGAAGAUGUGGGCUAUUACCGGUCCUUACAUUUACUCGGUACCAACGAGAUCCCCUGUGGCAAUGAAAGCGACGAGGAGCCACGCCAGAGCAGUACCAGUGACGACGAUGCCAAUCCGUCACUGAACCCAUGGCUUCCAAUUGAUAUCGAUAAAAGUAAUCGCACAUCGCUUUUGUCCUUGAGGGAUGAAUACUUCCUUGUCGAUGGCAAAUCGAGUGAUCUCCGCCCAGAUCGCGGCGAUAAUCCUCUCAAGGCCGAGCAGCGGUUUACUGGUGAUGGCAGCUUACAUAGUGGACCCGGCCUUGACCGUAGUCUUUCUACCAGCACGCAAGAUAUCCCGGAAAUUAUUGGGCCGCGAGGACCAAUGGGAAUCCCAGCAGCAAGAUCACUUCGCAGCGAACGAGAGGGAAGCGACUCGACUGACGAAUAUCUCGUUACAUACUCCUUAUUGCACAGGCACUAUUUUUCAUGA